UCUCUCACACACAAAGAUCCCUUUCUUUUUUAGAAAGACUUCAUAAAAACUUUCAGGUUUUUAAAAUCUGAUCACAUACACACAAAAAAAGUGAUCAAUGAAGAUGCAACACAACCCUUUUCAUGGGGAUAGUGUACCCAAUGGUUUAAAACCUCAUAAAAUAACAUUCAAGAAAGCUGUGAAGAAAGUGAUGAAAGAUCGGUCAACUAAACAAUACAUGGUCGAGAUGGAGAACAUGAUCAGAAAAAUUGUUCGAGAGGAGCUUGAUCGUAUUAUUAUACAACCUCAAUUCUCUUCGUCAUCGUCCACAAUGGAGCGUUCGCGUUCAGAGACGCCAUCCUUGCGUUCACGAUUCAAGCUACGAUUCAUCAACGCACCACCGUCUACGAUAUUCACGUGUGCCAAGAUCGAAGCCAAGGACCAUUCUCCCGUAGCGUUCGAGCUCGUGGAUACAGCCACGAACUCCAGAGUCGUCUCGGGACCGCUCUCGUCUUCUCGGGUCGAAAUCGUGCCGCUGAACGGUGACUUCACGGAGGAAAGCUGGACCGUUGACGUAUUCAAAGGGUAUAUUGAAAAGCAACGCGAAGGAAAACGUCCGUUACUCACCGGAGAUUUAACGGUGACGCUUAAAAACGGCGUCGGAGUGAUCUCCGGAGUUGUUACUUUCUCGGAUAAUUCCAGCUGGACUAGGAGUAAGAGGUUCCGGUUAGGUGCUAGACUAACCGGUGGUGGAGCCGUGGAGGCAAGAAGUGAAGCCUUUAAAGUUAAAGACCAACGUGGAGAAUCGUAUAAAAAACAUCAUCCUCCGUACCCCGGUGACGAGGUUUGGAGACUGGAGAAAAUAGCUCGCGUUUCAGCGAAGCGUUUGGCUGAACGGAAGAUUAUUACCGUUAAGGAUUUUCGUCGUUGGCACACUGUAGAUGCAGAUGCGCUAUACAACCUACUUGGUGGAGAGCACAUACCUGGUGGAGGAAUCUCAAAGAGAACAUAUGAAGCAAUUGUAUCCCAUGCGAUGGAAUGCGUUUUGGACGAAGCAGAGUGUUACAUCUACAACACAACCGCUCUUGGCGUUUCACUUAUUUUCAACUCUGUCUAUGAAGUGAUCAAAGUGUACUUCAGUGAUGGCACGUUUCAAAAUCCAGAUCAGCUACCAGCUUAUCAGCUUGUCGAGUUAAAGCGUGAAGCGUAUCAAAACCUUAGCCAGUUUAGGACCUUUGUGGAGCAUCCACAUAGGUCCUUGCAAUGCACGCAAAAUCCUGGAUUGCAACACAACAAUUUUCAAGGUAUAUAUAUUUAAAACUUUGGUUACGGUCUAAGGUAUUUUGGUAC